AUGUCAAUCGAAAAUCUCAAGACCUACGAUCCCUUCGCCGAGGCCGACGAAGACACCGGAGAAACCAAGCAGACGCAGAAUUACAUCCAUAUACGUAUUCAACAGCGCAAUGGACGUAAGACCUUGACCACGGUCCAAGGUCUUCCUAAAAAAUUUGACCAAAAGAAAAUCCUCAAGGUCAUCAAGAAGAAAUUCGCUUGCAAUGGCACCAUCGUCAACGACACCGAGAUGGGCGAGGUGAUCCAGCUCCAGGGUGACCAGCGCAAAGAUGUCCAGGAGUUUCUGGUAGACAAGAAGGAAGGCCUUGAGCUCGACCCCAAGACCAUUAAGGUCCAUGGAUUCUAA